CCCAGCCACUUCCGGCUUGGCGCAUCUUCCCUCUCAUCCUCUAACUGCACUUUCGGUAAAAUGAUGGAGUCUAAUAUUUCACUCUGGAACUUCUAUAUUCCCUUCAUCUCCUCCUCGUUAUAACUCGAGUUGAAGAUAAAAGUUAAUUUUGGAGUUAUUAGACAUACCUGGCUACAAAAAAGGAGCACGUGAGCGGACCCGACGAAAGUGCCUGACGUAAGCCUCUUCGCCCUUUCCUCGCCGGCCGGAAGUUGUGGGACUGAAUGGGUCCCAGAGCCGGUGGCUGCACCUAUUCUGUUUCCACCUGAGGCUUAGCAGCUGCCUAUCCCGUCAGCCGCUGGGCCACCAGGUCCAUGUGGAGGCUCCCAGGUGCCCGUGUCGCGCUUCGUGGGGUCCGCGCGGCCGUGGAGAGGCACAGUCGGGCCGAGACGGCAACUGAGACGGCGGCGGGCGCGAUGGAGCGUGCUGUAGUGCGCUGUGUGCCCUCCGAGCCUAAACUAAGCUUGUCGUUCGCGCUGGCCGACGGCAGCCACAAGAACAUGCAGCGCGACCAAAGUGAGCCGCUGGGUCGAGCCCUCAGCCGGAUUGCCACCAACGCCCUCAAAGGCCACGCUAAAGCGGCUGCCGCCAAGAAGAGCAGGAAGAACCGGCCAAACCCUAGCGGCGGCGUGGCCGGUUCCGGGCCUGGACCCGAGCCCGCUGCGGCCUGCGAGCCCGUGGUCAAGCUGUACUACCGGGAGGAGGCAGUGGCCGAAGACGUGCUCAAUGUCGACGCCUGGCAGGAUGGUGCUGUGUUGCAGAUCGGCGAUGUCAAGUAUAAGGUGGAGCGCAACCCGCCCGCCUUCACCGAGCUGCAGUUGCCACGCUAUAUCAUGGCCGGCUUCCCUGUUUGCCCCAAGCUCAGCCUCGAAUUUGGUGAUCCCGCCUGCUCCCUCUUCCGCUGGUACAGGGAAGCCAAACCCAGGUCGGCGGAGCCUGAGGACGGGGGCCCCUCGUCACUGUCUCUCUCCUCGCCCUCUCCUAGUUGGACAGAAACGGGUGUGGACGAGCGCGUCUACACCCCGUCCAAUGCAGACAUUGGGCUACGGCUCAAGCUUCAUUGCACCCCAGGCAAUGGGCAACGCUUCGGGCCAAGCCGGGAGUUGGAAAGUGUGUGUCCUGUGGAAGCUGGGCCCGGCACUUGCACCUUUGAUCACCGGCAUCUCUAUACUAAGAAGGUGACAGACGACGCUCUCAUCCGCACUGUCUCCUACAACAUCCUCGCUGACACGUACGCCCAAACUGAGUUUUCGCGGACCGUCCUGUAUCCAUACUGUGCCCCCUACGCCCUGGAGCUCGACUACCGCCAGAAUCUUAUCCAGAAGGAACUCACCGGGUACAACGCCGACCUCAUCUGUUUGCAGGAGGUUGACCGCAACGUGUUUACAGACAGUUUGGUCCCGGCUCUCGAGGCCUUUGGGCUGGAGGGCGUAUUUCGUAUCAAGCAGCAGGAAGGCCUGGCUACUUUCUACCGAAAGUCCAAGUUCAGCCUCCUUACCCAGCAUGACAUUUCUUUCCAUGAAGCCCUGGAGUCCGACCCACUUCAUAAAGAAUUGCUGGAGAAGUUAAUUUUAUAUCCAUUGGCACAGGAGAGGGUGCUCCAGAGAUCUUCUGUCCUUCAGAUUUCUGUUCUUCAGUCUACAAAGGACUCUUCUAAAAAGAUAUGUGUCGCAAAUACCCAUCUCUACUGGCAUCCCAAAGGUGGGUACAUUCGUCUCAUUCAAAUGGCAGUAGCCUUGGCUCACAUUAGACAUGUCUCAUGUGAUCUGUAUCCUGGCAUACCAGUUAUAUUUUGUGGGGACUUUAAUAGUACCCCAUCAACAGGAAUGUAUCAUUUUGUCAUCAAUGGCACCAUUCCAGAGGAUCAUGAAGACUGGGCUUCCAAUGGGGAAGAGGAACGAUGCAACAUGUCUCUUACCCAUUUUCUGAAACUGAAAAGUGCUUGUGGUGAACCUGCUUACACAAAUUAUGUUGGUGGCUUUCAUGGAUGUCUGGAUUACAUUUUCAUUGACUUAAAUGCUUUAGAGGUUGAACAGGUGAUUCCACUACCUAGUCACGAAGAAGUUACCACCCACCAGGCCUUACCUAGUGUUUCCCAUCCCUCUGAUCACAUAGCACUUGUAUGUGAUUUAAAAUGGAAGUAGGUUUGUGUUUAAUGGAAUUUUAAGUCUGCUUUAGUAAGGGAAAUUAAAUAUGAAUCAAAGUUUAUGUGUAACCUUCAAAGAGGAAAACUAGACACUAACUUCUUAGUUCUUACCCUACUGGUUAUGUUCUUCAUUACAUCACUAUUCAUAAUCUUUGCAUAAUAUGGUUUCUCUACCCUUUUUUGCCUACAUUUGGAGGAGAAACAAAUAUAUUUAUGACUGGCAGGGAACAUUGAAUUAUUGUGCACAUUUUAUAAGUACUUUUUUUUAGUCUAGUAAUUAAGAAUUUUGUAAAAAACCAUUUGAAUGAUGCUGUAAUUUUUCUAUCAUAACACAUUUAAAAUUGAAUCAUGUUUGUAUAAUUAGAAGUAAAAUGCAUACAAGUUCAGGUGAGAGGCCUAAGUUCCAACACAUGGAAGGAGUAACAGUGUUUACCUCUACCUCAGUUUGGUUAGCAAUUAAUACAACUUUAGAGCUUUAACAAAGGAUUAAAUUAUACUAUCACUGAUUGCUAUUCCUUCUCAUCUUUCAUUUCGCAAUAAACAUUUUUAUUCUGUUACUAGGAUUUUAGUUGUCAGUGUAUGUUACAAAUGAACAUACUCAGAUGCUCUUUCUUACUACAGGUCAUUUUAACUUUUAGGAUGUAAGCACAAUUUAAUAUUCAGAGUGAAUAACAACAAAAUCAACUUGAUCCCUUUGUCUUUAACUCUUGCCCAUGAAAAAUGUUCAUAAAUUAACAUGAAAUUUGACCAUGUGAUUUGUGAGAAACUGUCUACUGAUGUGGGCUUUAAAUUUUGAAUGAACUAUUGAAGCUUUCUGUGCUAGAUGUACUUUUAAAUUGCUGGUUUAUAAAUAGAAAGGGGAGCCAUGGGGCUUUUGAGCAUCUCAGAAAUAAACUAUUACUUUUGUAGGCAUCAGUAUUAUAUUUGAGUUACAAGGAUACAUUGUAUGUAUAUAUAAGUUAUAUACUAAAAAACUUUUUAAAAAUAUGAAGCCAAUCAUUUUAAAAUUAAAAAUUAGUUUUACUGCUUAGUGUUUAGCCUAGAGUGGUAACCAAACUUUUCUAAUUCAUUUAUCACCGUACUUAAUUUGUAAUGCUUUAGUUGUUGCUUUUUUGAUGUUCAGGAAAUCUGUAAUGUUAUCUUGUUUCUGCUUUUAAUUUCUAGCUUAGAUAUUAAAAGGCCAUAUACUUCAAGAAGAACUCUGAUUUUCCAUAGUUGUGAGAGCCUUUGUUCCAUUCUUUCACCUCUAAACCCAACACCAUAAAAACUUAACUCUUUUGAUAAAGUAGGCUGUACUUUCAUAUUCUGCUCACCAUCCAGUGUAUUGUUAACUCUUAGUUUAGUAUAUUUGAGAAUGAGAAGGUUUUACAUGUGCUUCAGAUGGAACCUUGAAGUACUUAAAAGUCCUUGAGGGGAAAAUUAAGGUGGCAGUUUCUUGGGAUCUUCUUUAGAAAAAGCUAUAAAUGAAAAAUUGAUGUUACUGAAUUGUGCUUUUUAGAGCAUUUAAACAUCAGUUUAUAAAUAUGUAAAUAUUAAAGCCAGAAUUUGAUUCUUUUGCAAAAAUAUUUUUCUUUUUAAAAUUUUGGUCUGCUUUCAAAUAAACAUGUUAACAGGGCUCUUACAAAAACGUGAGAGAAAACAAAAAGCUUCUAAGCAAAAAGUUAAACACUUUGAAAAAAAUUGUAACAUGAUAUAUACUCAUGUCCAUGAGGAAAAUAUACAGGUUCUGUAUUCAUAGCAUAGCUAGCUAAAUUGAACUCUGGUCAGAAAAACUCUAAGCACUUAUCAAAAAGUCCAUGUAUGGAGUCUUUAAUUUUUUUAUUUGCUGACUAAACUGUAAUCAGAUUGUAUGCAAGCAUUUCAAAAUAUUUGAAUAUAGAAUAUUAUGAAGUGCCACAUACUCUGGUUAAAUCUUCAAUAUACAGAUAUGUUAGUAUGAUUGGAGUCCAAAAGCAGGGAAUACUAGAAAGCUGAAUAAAUAGCAUACCAAAAUUUCCUUGUAAUCAAGUCAGAAUAAAGCAUCAUUCAGAAA